AUGGCCGGUCCCGUGGACGCCCGCGAUGAGAGCGCGAAGCCUCAGUCGGCGACCGCACCGACGUCGACGUGGACGCGCAUCCGGAUCAAGGCGGUCAAGAUCUUCAAGCUCGUCUUGGCGCAGUGGCUCGUUAUCGGCUUCGCUCUAAGCUGUGUUUUUGCGUAUUUUUUCCCGAAUGUCGCGGCUAGAGGUGGACCGAUCAGGUCAGAGUACACCAUCAUCUACGGCGGCAUCGCCAUCAUCUUCCUCGUCAGCGGCUUGCAGCUCUCGCACGCGAAGCUAAGGCAGAAUGUAGCCAACUGGCGUUUGCAUAUCAUUGUCCAGGGUAUCAGCUUUAUCGUGAUUCCCGUAAUACUACUAAUCAUCGUACACAUCAUCAUCGCAGCAGGCGGCCUCCGCACCCAAGCCCUCGCAACCCCCAUCAUCGUAGGCAUGGUCGUCGCCUCCUGCCUGCCAACAACAAUCGCCUCCAACGUCGUAAUGACCCGCGCCUCCGGCGGCGACGACGCAGCCGCCAUCAUCGAGGUCGUCAUCGGCAACGUGCUAGGCAGCUUCAUCUCUCCUGGUCUAAUUUACGGGUUCAUUCCCAAGACGCCCGAGUUUGCCGACUGGCAGCCCGCGAACCCGAGCACCCUGGGUGCCAUGUACGCCAAUGUCCUGAAGCAAUUGGGCUUGAGCGUGUUAUUGCCGUUGGCUGUGGGACAGGUCGUGAGGUGGUUUUGGGAGAAGAAGGUUGAUUGGGCGCUGAGGACGUUUUAUCUUGCCAAGGUGUCGACGUUUUUUCUGAUUUUGCUUGUCUGGACAACAUUCUCAGCAGCCUUCAAAACAGGCGCUCUCUACGUAACCCCGCAUCCCUCUAUAAUCUUCAACGUCUUCAUGAAUGUCGCCCUCUACGCCCUCUUCACCCUCAUCUGCUUCUACGCCGCCCGCCCUCCCUUAGCGCUCUGCAACGCAAUCAAUCCUCGUCUCGCCGAUUCCCGCCCCUUACAGUCCCGCUGGGUACCCAACUUCCUCCGACGCGCUGUCACGGUUCAACAGUUACCGAGAGAGCAGAUGAUUGCCGUCUGCUUCUGCGGCGCGGCCAAGACAACGUCGUUGGGAAUCCCGCUGGCGACGGCUAUGUGGACGCAGUCGGAUGAUUUGACGAGGGCGUUGAUUCAGAUUCCAGUGUUGUUGUAUACCAUCGAGCAGGUUUUCAUGGCGCAGAUUUUGGUGUACGUAUUCAAGUGGUAUUUGAGGAGGGCUGCUAAGGCUGAAGGGGAUGAAGAGGGGGGCAGUGUUGGGUCUGGGGUUACAAGUGUGGCUGGGCAAGGGAGGGGGGAGGAAGAGGGGGAUCGGUCAUCUAGGAAGUCAAUUGGUGAGAGGGAUGAUGAGAAGAAGGGCGGAGAAGUCAGGGACGGGAGUAAUGUAGUGCCCGUCAAGACCAUUCCUGAGAAAUAA